AUGGAAACCAAUGACCAUAUUCUCCUGGGUUGUCCAUUUGCAAGAGCGGCUUGGUUUGGGAGCAAUUUGAGCUUUUCGAUGCCUGAUGGGGAAUCAGCUUCUCUUCCAACAAUGAUUCAAAAUUGGGACAAAAUGAUUUCCCUGUCUAAGCAGAACUGGUCUCCAGAAGAAGUUUUCCUCAGAGCCCAAUGGGCUUUCGACGAGUACUACUCCCUUACUCGGCACCACCAUCAUCAUGGAGAAGAGUCACAGCCAGGCUCAAUCCUUCCUCCUCAAUUGACGUGGAAGCAACCGGAGAUAGGUCAUAUGAAGAUCAAUUGUGACGCUGCUUUACCUCUUGAGCCCACAGGGGGAGGGCUUGGGGUGGUGAUUAGGAAUCAGAGGGGAGAAAUUUUGUGGGCCACUUCCAUCCCUGUUUCCUUCUUUGAUGCUCUUCUGGGUGAAUUCUGGGUUGUGCGUUCGACUCUAAUAGAUGCUAAAGACCUGGAACUCACCCAUAUCAUUGUGGAAUCCGACAAUGCCACGGUGGUUGAUACCUUAAAUCACCAGCUUCCAUCACUGCCAGUCAGAGCAAUGGGCUUCAUCCAGGACAUCCAUUCCCUUGCUAAUCAGUUUGAGACAUGUCAGUUCGUCCAUAUUUCUAGGGGAGCAAAUCAAGUUGCUCAUACUCUAGCUCGGAAGGCCUUGUCAUUGGCAAGUAAGACAGAUUAG